ACAAAACCGAAAUAAUUAAUUGUCUUGGUUUUUCCGAUUAAAACCGAGUAUUGCUAUUCCUAAUCACACAUAAAAGCCGAUUUUCAUUUUCAAAUUAAAAAUUAGUAUUUUAUCUGCGUUAUUCUUGCAACCAAACAGAAAAUCUUAUCUUAUUUUUGUCUUUUUAAGUUGGGAAUGGAAAGAGAAAGAAAGCAGUGAAGGUGAGCAUUGGGGCACUAAUGGGAAAAACAAAGAAAGAGCUGCUAAGCAAAGCGCCCUGGAGGGGAGACGACCAUGACAACUCCAAUAAAUUCGCCGACGCCAAGCUCAAGGUUACCAACCAGCCUGGUUCCACCCCCAAAAUGCACGUCCCUCACCGUAAGUCCGCCGCUUCCCGACUCGACGACGACGACUCCCUUGAGAUUGACCCUGAACUCCGUUACAGCUUUCAGCGCAACUUCCAGUUUCUUCAACGAGUUUUUAGCAUCGACACUGUUGUGAAGCCUCUUCCACCUGCAAUGGCAUACAAUGUUUCCCGCAACUUGAGCUUCUUCACACGUAUAUUCACCCAGUUCUUUGAUCCAGAAGGUAUUGCAAAUGCACAAAAAUCACUGGGGUUGGGACAGGAAGAAAAAGCUCGUCGAGUACGUUAAUGAGAAUAAAAGGCAUUUGGGAUUUUUGUGGAAUCUGAAAGUGAAUUUUUGAUUUGAUUUCUUGAUAUGGUUAUCUUUUUAAUCCAUGACCAAAGUGUAGAGACAUGGAAAAGGAACUCUCAAAUCUUGUUUGAAAUUGGUAGAGUUAUUCUCAGUUAUAUUUAUUUAAAUUAUCAAAGUAA